CUCAUCAACGCUGCUUUCGAAAACACGGCCAAUUAUUUCACGUCUGCAACUGAUCAGACAAAGCACUAUAUUGAAUUCAAUUCCAUCCAAUACACUUCGAAUCCGUGCUGCUUCAACCAUGGCGACGCCCUGGCAAAUUCGUGUACCGCCAGCUGAUACGGGCAUCCUGAAGUGGAAGCAGACGGACGAGGCUGCUGCCAAAGUCUCGGAGCUGCUGCAAAAGGAUCUCGAGCGUCACCAUGUGUUUUUCAACAAAGAUGGAUUUCACAACCAUAUCGUCCACCACCUCCUCUCCCUCUACGCAACCGGCGCCUCCCCCAGCAUCCUCGAAAAGGCCUACGCCGAAAACAACUCGUACCAAAUCUCCGCCAAGCAGUUCGACCCCGACGUCGUCAAGGAGCUCAAGAGCGGGUGGUCAGAGGGCAGUCCGUAUCUCGGCAAGGGGGAACACUAUCCCGACUUUCUCAAGUUCUUCCAGGACGAAAUCGAAGAGAAAGGGUGGGAGGCGGUGAUUCAGGAGUAUGUCUUCAAGGGGGAUGAGAGGAGCGAGGCCAUCUACGGACGGCUUUUUGCCGGCUUCUUGCACCCCCUGAUCCAGCUCAUGUACGGCCUCGAAUGGCAGCAACCAGCCAUCAUCGCCGAGGGCCUCGCCCAAGCCGCCGUCCACGAGAACCGCGUCGGCGGUUUCCUCACCAAAGUCGAACAAGCCGCCGCCUCCUCCUCCUCCUCCUCCUCUCAGCAGCCGUCAUCCUCUCCCAACAAGACGCCUCUUCCCGAGAUAUUCGAAACCAUCCGCCAGCACGGCGAAAAGCUCGCCACGAGCGCGCGCUUCGGCGACAGCAACAAAAUCUACGACGGCGUCUUCGUGCGCGCCCCCGACGAGGCCCUCGAGCUCCUGAGGCAGGUGACGGUCAAGGAGGACGAGCUGGAGGAGAAGCUGGCCGAGAUGGCGCAUACCUGUGCGUAUGUUGCUGCGGCAGCGGCCUUUCAUCCGCCGCACGCGCCCAAGUUUGACUUUUUCCUGAUCCACCAUCUCAACUCGGUUCCCUUCUUCGUCACACUGCUCUCCCUCCCCUGGCUCACGCCCUCCCAGAAAGCGCGCGCGCUCGAAUGGAAAAUCCGCCUCGACAUUGUCCAGUACGUGGCCCGCGGCUGUCCGCCCCUGCGCCUCGACUCCGUCAAGUCGUUUACCCCAAAGGACGCUGCAUCUCAAUCCUCCGUGACGAAGCCGGAGGACUUGCUUCCGCGGUUCCACAAGAUUAUGGACGAUGGACAUACAAUCAAGGUCGUUCGCGCGCUCUUCAUUGCGAGGGAGCUGUCGGGGCGGUUCAAGGACAGGCCGUGGAUUCGGUUCGCGGAUGAGGAGACGUGGUUGAAUGUGCAUCGGCUUUUGCUGGAGAGCAGGGAGGGGAGGUUUGGGGCGUCAAUGUGGGUGAGGUCGGCUGGGUUUGAUGAGGCGUGGGAGGACGUGCCCAAGGCAGAAUAGGGGGCGGCGGGGCGGAAAAAUAUCCGUGGGAAGAGCUGUGUAUGGGAUGCUUGGGGUUGACCAUGUUUUGAU